AUGCCGCUGGGCCCGUGGAGGAAGAAAAACAAGUCGACCAAGGAGCACCUGGUGGACAACGAGGAGGUCGGCGGCGGCCACCACGCAGGUGCAACGGGCUCCCUGCUCGGCGCCGGCGGCAACAAGUUGCUGGGGAACGGCGCCGGAGGGUUGCCCCCGCCGCCCGCCAACCUGCGGCCGAAGUUGGUCUUCCACACGCAGCUGGCUCACGGGAGCCCAACCGGGAGGAUCGAAGGCUUCUCCAACGUCAAGGAGCUGUACGCCAAGAUUGCUGAUGCCUUUAACAUCAACCCACCAGAGAUUCUCUUCUGUACCCUCAACACACACAAGAUCGACAUGGACAAGUUACUUGGCGGUCAGAUCGGCCUGGAGGAUUUCAUCUUCGCCCACGUCCGAGGCAUCAAGAAAGAGGUUAAGGUGUUAAAGUCUGAGGACGCGCUGGGCCUCACCAUCACAGAUAACGGCGCGGGGUUCGCCUUCAUCAAGCGCAUCAAAGAAGGCAGCGUGGUGGACAAGGUGAAGGUGAUCUGCGUGGGAGACCACAUCGAGUGCAUCAAUGGCCGCAACAUCGUGGGUACGCGCCACUAUGAGGUGGCCCGCAUGCUCAAGGAGCUGCCCACGAAUGAGACCUUCACCCUCAAGCUGGUGGAGCCCAUGAAGGCCUUUGAAAUGCUGGAGCCAAGGUCGAAGGGCGCCAAGCCCAGUGGUGACAACAAGAUUGGCAACGGAAAGGCAACGCUGAGACUUCGCGCCAAAGGCCCGGCGACGGUAGAAGAGGAGCCGACAGAGUUUGAGGAGAAAGCAGUGAAAAAGGUGGAUGAUCUUCUGGAGAGCUACAUGGGAAUCAGAGACACUGAACUUGCGGCAACCAUGGUAGAGGUGGGCCGCGACAAAAAGAACCCGGAUGAGUUCGCCAUGGCACUGGACGAGACGCUCGGGGACUUCGCCUUCCCGGAUGAGUUCGUCUUUGAUGUGUGGGGGGCUAUCGGAGACGCCAAGCAGGGGAGGUUCUAG